AUGAAUCUGCCCCAUCAGCCUCCGCGUGACGGCGGUGCUUCACAGCCAACAGCCUCAGAAGUGACCCCAUCGCCCUGGGAAGGCGAUCACAUGCUGCACAUCUACGUCUGCGACUAUCUGCGCAAACGCGGCUACGACCAGGCGGCGCAGGCUCUCGGCUACGAAGCAGGCCUGGAUCCGCAACGUCAAGUCCCCAUCGAUGCACCUCAGAGUUUGCUCUUCGAAUGGUGGCUCGUCUUUUGGGAAGUGUUUUCGUCCAGAACACGACAACUCGACACAGCUGCCUCGACCAGCCUUUCCGCAGAUGCUUACGCCUACUCGAUCCAAAGACCUCCUGGUCUAGCAGAGGCCAAAACUCCAGCCUCCUCCACUUCAGCCGUUCACAACGUGCCAUCAGCUUUCACCACGGCCGCACCUCACACCCAAAGUCCUUUUUCGGCAACCGUCCAAAACACAUCAGUCGCUACAAGAACUUCACCGACACGGCAAGACUGUUUGAACCAGCCAAAUCAUGCCUCAAACGCCUCGGCGCCUUUGCAAGCUGGCGCAUCUACACGCACAUCGCCUCCGAGCCUGCACGUUCUACAACAGCAACAGCAACAACAGCAACAACAGCGAAGAGCUUCGUUGUCGACAAUCCCGCAACUCGAUCUCGAGGCAAGUCAGAUGCUUGGUCUGACACGACCCGCGAGCCGUGUUGUCAUCCAGCAGUGCAUGGACAUGAUGAACUUGGCUCCCAAAGAGAUCGACCAACUGACGGCGCAAGAGAAGCAAGCGCUUGCCAAGCGUGUCACACGCCUGCAAAAGGCUCAGAACGAUGCGCAGCUGCGGCUCGCGCAGUUGCACGGUCUGCAGCCUCCAAAGCCGCUCGUGCCUGCUUCGCUUGCAUCCAUACAGACGCAGGCGCAAUCACUGUCCGCGCAACUUCAGCAGGACGGCGCAUCGUCGGCCAGCGCACUUGCCAACCAGGCUCACGUCCGACGCAAGCGCAAGGACCCCCCCAAUCCAGACGCGGAUCGCAACAGGAUAGGCGCCACACCUGUAGCCACGCAGCCACACGAUACCCGACAGAUGCAGCUACAGAAGGUUCGCUCGAUGCGACGCGUCUCGUACCCUGCUCUUGCCGCCGUACCCAGUGCGCCUUCCCCGCUCACGCCGACCAGCAGUGCGACACUUGCUGGCAUUCUGCCGUUCUCGCAAGCAUCUCCUCACCCUAUGGUGCAGCACAGUCCAGCAUCGAGCGCUCCCACACCAUCCACCCAUCCGACCAACCUGCAUGUGCGUCAUCCUUCGGUAUUGGGUGCCGAACCAGCCGUAUUGCAAGCCCCCAGUCCGCAAAAAGUGUUUAUGCACGCUUCUGGUCUCGCCUCGGUCUCGCCAUUUCCAGCGUCAUCUGCCAGCCCUCUGGAUGAGUGGCACUCUUUCGACGCGCAGCAGCAACAACGCUUCGCGCCACCAUUGCAGCAGCAGCCACAACGUCCCGUCGUCAUGGCGAGCAGUGUGGACCAGCCUACAUUUCAGCCUCAGCCUCAGCCUCAGCCUCAGCCUCAACCUCAACCUCAACCUCAGCCCGUCAUGCUGGAUGCAACACGAUAUCCGCAUUCCGGCUUUCCUCAAGUGUUCUCUGGUCUGCCUUCAGUAGCAGCAAGUGCAAGACCGCCAACUCAUGCUGUUGGACUCAAAGACACCGCAGCAGCACCGCUGUCGAUGCGUCAGCUCGGCCUGUCAGCGCAGCCCAAACCGUCCGUGUUCGCCAAUAUCGCCACGGGCGGCGAUAUCAACCCAGCAACAGCCGCUAUGGCGUUCAACGGUAUACCAAUAAUGCACCAUUCAGAUCCAGGUGCACCCCUGGCACCUUUCGCAGACCUCGAGUACGAUCUCAACGCCCUGCUGUCCAACACGACUUAG